GACUCACUACCCUCCAAAUUAUUCAGCACUCAUUUCAACUUUGUGAAUCUUCAGUAUUUGAAACUUGAAAGCCUCAUUCUUUACCUCAAUCUUCAUCUCCAACCCAACAAAGCUUCACACUUUCCCUCAUUUCCCACUCAACCAAGCUUUGUUUGCGAAGGUUGAUAAGGGUCGGUGGCAAUCACCUAAUUCGUCGAAAAUUCCGAGCUUGUAUUAUUUACUUGAGAAGUUUUUAAGAUCUUGAAAGAAAAAUGUCUGGUUGUUCUUCAAGUUUUGGAGUAUCGACUGUUGUUUCCAGGCGGAACGAGGUGGUUUUGAGGAAGAUUUGUAGUCAGAAUUUGGGUUUAGAUAGUGUUAGGUUUAGGAGUAUGGCAAAGGAGGUAGCUUUACCGACCUUUUGUGGGAAUAGAAGCUUUAGAAAUGGGCUGAAUUUGAUUUCGGUGAAGAAAGAGUGGAAUAAUUUGGUCAUGAGUAUGUUAGAGCCUCGGGGUGGAAGGCAAUUCAGCUUGGGUGCAGUCACAGUUUCGAAUGAGGGAGGUGGUACUGCUCUAGGGAAGGAUGCUAGGAUUUUGGAGAAUGAGGGCGGUUCAAAGCCUGAUUAUGAUGGUAAUGGGGUUGUGCUUGAUGGUAGUGGUGGUAAUGGGAAGCAUCCUAAUGGAAGAGGAGGAGAUGGAGGAGGCGGAGGAGGUGGUGGCGGUGGUAAUGAUGAUGGGGAAGACGGAGAUGAAGAAGAGUUUGGGCCAAUUCUGAAAUUUGAAGAAGUUAUGAAAGAGACUGAGGCUCGAGGGGCUAGUCUUCCCCUUGAUAUGUUAGAGGCUGCCAAGAAUGUGGGAAUUCGCAAAGUGCUUCUCCUUAGAUAUCUGGAUUUGCAGGGGUCAGCCUGGCCUCUUGGCUUUGCAAUGAAGUCAUGCUCUAUGCUUCGAGAUCGUAUGCUAGCUGACCCAUCUUUUCUUUUCAAAAUUGGAACAGAGAUAGUCAUUGAUUCUUGUUGCGCUACAUUUGCUGAAGUUCAAAAGAGGGGAAAAGAUUUUUGGGCCGAAUUUGAGUUGUACGUUGCAGACCUUUUGGUUGGGGUAGUGGUUAAUGUUGCUUUGGUUGGAAUGUUGGCACCCUAUGCUCGUAUUGGGCAACCAUCCCUAUCAAAAGGGUUCCUUGGACGCAUGCAACAUGCUUAUGGAGCUCUUCCUAGCAGUGUGUUUGAAGCUGAAAGAUCAGGAUUUGGAUAUUCUGUAAAACAGAGAAUUGCAACUUAUUUUUUCAAGGGGAUCUUAUAUGGGGCAGUUGGUUUCGGAUGUGGUAUUAUUGGCCAAGGAAUUGCAAACUUAAUUAUGACUGCUAAGCGGAGCAUUAAGAAAUCAGAAGAAGACAUACCAGUGCCACCUCUAAUCAAGAGUGCAGCUCUUUGGGGUGUUUUCCUUGCCGUCUCUUCAAACACCCGCUAUCAGAUAAUCAAUGGACUUGAACGCUUGGUAGAGACAUCGCCUUUGGCAAAGCAGAUCCCACCUGUGGCAUUGGCUUUCACUGUUGGUGUACGAUUUGCCAACAACGUGUAUGGUGGAAUGCAGUUCGUAGACUGGGCUAGAUGGAGUGGGGUGCAAUAACUAGAUGAGUUUUAAUGGGAGAGGAUAUCUGAGUGACACGUCGUUCAUUCAAUGUCUAGAUGGUGCCUUGUAUCAUUAAGCACAGAAUCCUGAAUUAGGAUUUCAGUCCCUCCCAAACUUGUUCCCCUC